AUGCCUUUACUAGAACAAUUAGAAGUAACGUUAGAAAAACGUAAAAAGCUACAACUUUUACGUUCCUUGGUAGUGGCUUCGCCCUCGUCUGUAGAUUUUUCUUCAAAUGACUUUCUUGGACUUGCGAAAAAUAAAGUAUUACAAGACUCAUAUUUAAAAGAAAUUUCAUCUUUUCCUAUCCCACCACUUGGCUCAACAGGUUCAAGAUUAUUAGAUGGGAAUUCAUCAUAUGCAGAAGCCUUGGAUAAAUUUAUUGCUGCAUUUCAUAAAUCUGAAUCUGCAUUAAUCUUUCCUUCGGGCUUUGAUGCUAACGUAGGAUUUUUUAGUAGUGUGCCACAACGAGGAGACGUGAUAAUCAUGGAUGAAUUCAUACAUGCUAGUGUACAUGAUGGGGUAAAAAAUUCUCGGGCUGCUAUUGUAAAAAAAUUUCGUCACAAUGACGUUGAUCAUCUAAAAGAAAUAUUGGAAGACAUCGUACAAAAAAUUGAACCACAAAGAAAUAUUUUCGUUUCUGUGGAAAGUUUAUAUUCUAUGGAUGGUGAUAUUGCUCCAUUAAACGAAAUUAUUGAAGUUAUAAGACCUUUCAACACGUAUCUGGUUGUAGACGAGGCACAUGCAACCGGAGUAUAUGGCGAACAAGGACGUGGUGUCGUAUGUGAGUUAGGAUUAGAAAAAAAAGUAUUUGCCCGUUUACACACCUUUGGAAAGGCGUUGGCCAGCAAUGGAGCUGCAAUCGUUGGACCCAAGAUCCUAAGAACGUACUUAAUAAAUUAUGCGAGACCUCUAAUAUUUUCAACUUUCUUGCCAUUUAAUAGUCUUAUAGCCAUUAAUUGUGCCUAUAAGGUCAUGUCAAGCGAAGUUGGAGAUCAGCUCCGUCAAAAUUUGAGGAGAUUGAUUCAUAUAUUUCGUAGCAACAUCAAUUUACCUUCAAAUAUGUUAUUACCUUCCGAUAGUGCGAUUCAAAGUAUCUUAACUCCGGGUAAUGAUAACGCGGUUAGAUUGAGUCGCGUAAUUCAAGAAGCCGGAUAUAAUGUAAAACCAAUUCGUUCACCAACUGUUCCAAAUGGUAAAGAACGUGUUAGAAUUUGCAUACAUGCCGAUAAUACCGAAGAACAAAUUCACGGAAUUAUAAAUGUUAUUGAAAAUUAUUUCAAAAAUCAAAACGUUACCAAUGAAUUGAAUAAGGAUAAUGACACCUUUACAAAUAAUUAUCAAAUUGCAUCAAAACUUUAA